AUGGUCAGCAAUGGAGGCGCUUGUCUCUACAAAGAGGCGCGGCUGAACAUUGAGCCCGCCUUUCCUGGAUCUACCAUCGCAUUUACGCUACCCGCGCACACUACCUCGACAUUCGGGACGCGCACUACGGCGAAGCGCACCGUCAUCACAGAGCUGCACGCCGACCAAGACGAGGAAUCCUUCACGCGCCGGCACCUGGCCACCGACGGCUCAUUGUUCUUUCGACGACACCAUGAGUACCCGCGGACGUUUCUCUGGCGCGUCCUGGACAAUAGGAAGAUGCUCGAGAUUCAAGCCGCCGACCUGGAUCACGACUCGAGUCACGGUUUCGAGGCUAACCUCACGCUUCUACUCAAGUUCCCUUCGCCGAUUCGCCCUUUCUGUGUGGCUUUUGCAGAACCAAAUGACCGAGAUGCGCUCACCGUCUUCGCUAUCACUGCCGCAAACGAGCUAUACACAAUCACUCUCCACCGCGACUUCUUCAUAAAUUCCGCAGCAUCUGAGCAAGAAAUCGAGAACUGGUGCAAGACGUCAGAACCGGUCCUGUUCAGCGGCCGUAUUCCCUACAGACUCGAAAGCCUGGCUGCGGACGAUCUCCUUGUCUCCCUUGACGAUGGCGCCAUAUGUCGCAUGCUAUGGGAUAGGGACAACAAAGUGUGGGACGGUUCGCGCUAUCAAAACAGCAAUUGGUCGGUCCGCGGUCUUCUGGCGUGGAAGGCGCAGCCGACGGUCAGGUUCGAUAACGCAGAAUUUGCCGUAUCUGCUGCUGCUGCGGUGGCAUUGUCACCGGACAAGCAGCACAUCUUAUCGGUUUCCUUGGACCAUACGUUACGAGCAUGGAAUGUAGCAUCGGGGAAACCAGGUGCGCAGACCGAUCUACUGGGCCGAGCAGACCGCGCUUUAGAGAGAGCCAACGGCAACGGUAAUAGCAACGGCAAUGGCAACGGCAAUGGCUCUUACUUCAUUGGGGCCUCCCAAUCGAAGCUCAUGGCUGUCCUGGAUAUUCCUGGUGGUAUCGAAGGUGCCAACUACUACGUUGUGACUUACUCGCCAAAGCAACAUCAAUUCAAGUUUUGGGGUGUCCGAGAUGGAGACGAUGUACACAACGGAAUUGUCGAUGUCCAAACGCUUGUUGAAUUUGUGCCCCCGAUUGAUGAGCUCAUGAACACGACCGUGUGGUCCAUGGAGGAGUUCCACGUUAUACCUGGCCCAGCCGGAACCUGGAGAGGAUCAGAACUAUGGAUUCGCGCACGAUCUGGGCCAAGCAGCAGAGUCUACAAGUUGAGCUUUGACUUGAACGAUGAGCCGGACGAUCUGGAAAGAACCUGGAAAUACGACUGGGUCUCUGUCGAUGCGGGACCACUGACAGUGGAAGGAUUGAAGCGCAGCCCAACUUAUCCAGAUCAACAGGAUACAGCCAACGACGAUGUCGAUGCAUCUGGGCAGUGGUUAGAUUUCUUGUUCUAUCCUGGACGCUUCCCAAUGGCUACCUUAGAGACCGCUCUCAACAUCUUCGCAAGAGGCCUUGAUAGGAAGCGGUCAAGUAGAGUAGCAACUACUGAGUCUUUGAAAGAGCGGAUCUGUACAGCCGUAUCAUCACUUGCAGCCAAGACACCUAGCAUUGCUCGAGAUGCAGACGACUUUGAAGACGCGGUUUCCGCGCAAUGGCAGGCCUUCUACGGCUUGGUCAAGGAUUUGCACAAGCGACGAGGGGAGUCGUUGUCACUCGUCUAUGAUGCUGAGACAGCUAUGCCAUGGCUGGUCUUGAGCGACCACUUGUCAGCAAUCCGCACAUGCAGCAAUCUUGAGCUCACAACGCUGAACGCAGCGGCACUCACCAAAUCGGAGCCUCUUACGGGGCCUCUUGCCAGGGCAAUGGACAGACCCGACUCAUCCUCGGUUGCUCGACUUUUAAACGCAGCUUCCUCGUUCCGACGACGACUUCCUUCGUUUGUACAACGUGGGGUUGAACGCCAACUCGAGGCUGACGCACUUCAAAGCCGGUCUCUCACGGUCGUCGAUCGUAUGGAGUUGAUAGAGUCACAAAGCGAGCUUGUACAGCAUGUGACGGACGACGAUCUGGCGCUCAUUGUAGACGAAGUCGGGACCGAGAUCAAAGACCUCAGCACAGAAACAUUUCUACAGGCCAUCCGUAUCUUAGCAUACAAUGAGCAGGGCCGCCCCAACAAUCGGAAGCAGCUUGCACGGUUCGGUCUGAACGCGCUACUUCGCGUCUCCCAGGAGACUCUCGAGCGUGACUAUCAUGCGGUACUCGAUCUACUGGUACUCUUGUUGGUCAUGUUCGUCGAGCUGGAGGGGGAGACACCGGAAGGUUUCGACGCAUCCGAAGUCUUUGUAGAGCUGGCAGCGCAGUUCAGGGAUUACAUGACUGUAUCGUGGCUGGCCCGCACAGUUUGGUCUCACCAGACAUCCACCGGACCUGCCUCGGAAGCCGUGAACCGAACUGUCAGCGAGAGCCUGAAGACAGGUAAGAAGCUGCCCAUCACACAAACGGUUAUGGAGGGUAUAUACGGCAUCCAUUUCUUUGAUCUGCCCUUGCCAAAGGGUCUGAAGGCUGGCCAGCUCACCUAUUGGGGUCGUGCUUGGGUGGCGUCUAUGUUCCGAGAGGAAUCCAUGUAUGACUCUGUCGUAGAGGAUAACAUGGGCAUUUUGCUCGUUCAGAAAGAGUAUGACCUGGCACUGGACUUUGCAAAGUUUCUCACGGAUGGUAACUGGGCGACGUACCUCAAAGCCCGGUUGCACAUCGCUCUCGGCGAACACGCACUUGCCUCUGUCUACUUCCAGAAGGUGGCGUAUACUCUCGCGCUGGGCAUGUUUAGCGUCGAAGAUCACGACACUGCGGGCCUUGUAUCCGAGACCGAUCGCAACUUGUUCUCCGAAGGCCUUGCUAACUACUACAGCCAUGUCUUGGGCCUGUUUGAAAGGGUCAAGGCCUACUCGUAUGUAUCUGAGUUUGCACAACUUGGUCUUCGAUCAUUGACGGGUCGAGAGGACGAAGAGACAAAAACCGAGCUUCUUCAACGUCUGUUCACUGCAUGUAUACAGACGGCUAGGUUCCAGGGAGCGUAUACGGCCAUGACCAGGCACAGUGAUGCAGCUCUGAAACACUCGUCCCUCCAGACGCUGAUCAUGUCCAUGGUGGGACAGUCGCAAGUGACGGCCCUGCUCAAGUUUCCGCUGGUUGGGCUGGCGGACGAAGUGGACUCGAUCCUUUCAUCGCUAUGCCACAAGACGCUGAACUUGGCAUCGGGACCGCGGUACCAUCAGAUCCUCUACUCUUUCCGCAUCUCGCGCAACAACUUCCGCGGUGCGGCCUCGAUUAUGCACGAACGACUGCAACGACUCAAGACGACGUCUUCCAAAGUGCACGACCCUGCGGACGACUCGCUGAUCCAGUGCUACCUCAUGAUUAUCAACACGCUCUCCUCGGUCAACAAGGAAGACGCAUACAUAGUGGCUGAGCAGAAGAUGGAUGAGAGCGGGCCGCCGCAGUGGGGGCUGGGAAAGGCGAAGAAGCUGCUGAAGAGGCAGAUUGUCACGCUCGAUAGCUUGAGGAAAGAGUACCAGGCUGAGCUUGACCGGAUAGCGGCGAUUGAGAGCGGGCAGUUUCCGUUUGUGGACCCGGCGGACGAUAUGGAUAUCUUGUGA